UUCAAUAAAUAUAACUCCUUGAAGUAAAUUUUCAUUAAAUAUAGUACAUAAUGAAUGUAUUUUAAUUUUUAUGUCGAUGACAAUAGAAUACACUUAAACGUCUGAUAUCACUUAUGCGAAGUUCUGUAAACAGUGCGAUAAUAAACUGCAUUAUGUCUUACUUGUUCGUUAUUCAUUGGUAUAGUUUAUAUACAGUAAAGUGUAUCAAUUAUAUUUCAGGAAAAUAAGGAGCACAAGAAUAUGCAAUGAAAAUGUAUGUUUCGAAUACUUUAAUCUUUCAAUUGAAGUGGGCUUUUAUUUUAAGAACAUUGAGGUUAUGACAUCAAAAUAAGAUUUUAGCAACAAAAAAACGUCUUUACAUCGUUUUUAGAUUUCUUAAACACUAACUUAAUAAACGGAUUACAUAUUACCUUCUUAUUAUUCAAAAUAUUAAAAUACAGAAUGAUUUGGAAAAAUACUGUUUCAUAAAUUAUGUCUUUCUACUACAUCAGAUGAUAGUAUGAAGCCACAUAAAUGUUGGCUAUAUAUAACUUUAUUAUUAGUACUUGAUAUUAUCAUCAAACUGUCUCACAAUCAAGUAAAUUGUUUAGUUGAAAGCAAAGAUUCAAAUCCACAAUUACAUAACAAUGCCAAAUUACCAUGUUGUGGCAAUAGCCCUGAACAGGUAAAGGUUCACUUUGCUAGCAGAAUCAUUGAAAAUGAAUAUAUUGUUGCAUUCAAAGGAUAUUAUAAACCGCAUACACGCGAGAAUUAUAUAAAGGCUGCAUUGAAUUCAUCUGGUAUUCAUAAUUGGAAGAUUAUAUUUCGUGACAAUUUGGCUAGCAAUUUUCCCAGUGAUUUUGAUGUUGUUCACUUGGAAGAAACAGACAAACAUAAUGGUCUUGAUGCCUUAACAGAUCAUCCUCUUAUUAGGAGGGUAACUUCUCAAAGACUUGUACAGAGAAGUUUGAAAUUUGUCAAUGUAUCAGAAGAUGCUGAUUUUCCAGAAUAUAAAAAUUUUAAAAGAAAAAUUAACAAUUAUAACAAUCAGUUUUGGCAAUCAACCAAUAGACAUACAUCACGUAGAUUACUAAGAGCUAUACCAAGGCAGAUUACAAGCAUUCUUCAAGCCGAUGCUUUAUGGGGAAUGGGUGUUACUGGAAAUGGUGUUAAGGUAGCAAUAUUUGAUACAGGACUAGCAGCUACUCAUCCACAUUUUAAAAAAAUUAAAGAACGUUCAAACUGGACAAAUGAAAAAACAUUGGAAGAUGGCUUAGGUCAUGGAACAUUCGUAGCCGGAGUUAUUGCAUCCUCUUGUAUAGACUGCCUUGGUUUUGCACCAGAUGCCGAACUUCAUAUUUUUCGUGUUUUUACAAACACUCAGGUAUCUUAUACCUCGUGGUUUUUGGAUGCAUUCAACUAUGCCAUUCUAACAAAAGUUACAGUAUUGAAUCUUAGUAUUGGAGGACCAGAUUUUAUGGAUCAUCCAUUUGUUGAUAAAGUAUGGGAAUUAACAGCAAAUGGUGUCAUUAUGGUCUCCGCGAUUGGUAACGAUGGACCUCUGUAUGGCACGUUAAAUAACCCUGCGGAUCAAAUGGAUGUUAUUGGAGUAGGCGGAAUUAAUUGGGAAGAUCAAAUAGCAAGAUUUUCGUCACGUGGCAUGACUACAUGGGAAUUACCAUCUGGAUAUGGAAGAGUAAAACCUGAUUUAGUUACAUAUGGAUCAGGAGUACGAGGAUCGGCAUUACAAACAGGUUGCAGAACAUUAUCUGGAACUUCUGUUGCCAGUCCCGUGGUUGCUGGUGCUGUAGCACUUUUAGCCAGCGGGUUUGUACAACCAGAUGGAUCUCAAUCAGUAAAACAAAGAGUAACUCCAGCAAGUAUGAAACAGGCAUUACUUGGUUCUGCACGUCGUUUACCCGGAGUUGGAAUGUUUGAACAAGGUGCUGGAAAAUUAGAUCUUUUACGUGCAUUUCACUUUCUCCGUUCAUAUACACCAGUCGCUACUCUUAGUCCGAGUUAUAUAGAUUUAACCGAAUGUCAGUACAUGUGGCCAUACUGUACACAAGCCGUAUACCAUUCUGGUAUGCCUACAAUUGUAAAUAUAACUAUAAUAAAUGGUUUGGGAGUAUCUGGCCAUGUAGCAGAAUUCGUAUGGCAUCCUUAUACUGGUAAUGGCAACGGUGAACGAAUUGAUGUAUCAGUAACUUAUAGCGACGUUCUUUGGCCGUGGUCUGGAUGGUUAGCAGUUGCUAUAACAGUUCCAUCAUCUGCUCGUGACUGGCAAGGCAUAGCACAAGGUCACAUAUCUAUUACAAUUGAAUCACCAUCAAGUAAUGGAGAAGAAAAGUCUAGACAGUCUAAAAUAGAAUUGCCUUUAAAAGCAAAAGUUAUUCCUACACCUCCACGACAUAAACGUGUUUUAUGGGAUCAAUAUCAUAAUCUACGUUAUCCUCCUGGAUAUUUCCCACGAGAUGAUUUACGUGCAAAAAAUGAUCCUCUUGAUUGGAAUGGAGAUCAUAUUCACACCAAUUUUAAGGAUAUGUAUCAGCAUUUACGUAAUGCUGGUUAUUAUUUAGAAGUACUUGGUGCUCCAUUUACUUGUUUUAAUGCGAAGAACUAUGGUACUUUACUUAUUGUAGAUAGCGAAGAAGAAUUUUUUCCUGAAGAGGUGACUAAAUUAAAAAAAGAUGUAGAAGAGGAGGGUCUUUCUGUAGUUGUAUUUGCAGAUUGGUAUAAUGUCACUGUUAUGAGAAAAGUGAAAUUUUAUGAUGAAAAUACUAGACAGUGGUGGAUACCAGAUACCGGAGGUGCAAAUAUACCGGCUCUGAAUGAUUUACUAUAUUCUAAUUGGGGAAUAGCAUUUGGGGAUCAAGUACGCAAUGGUCAAUUUACCCUCGGUCAACAUCCCCCUGUAACUUUUGCUUCCGGUACUACAAUUACUCGAUUUCCAAAGGAUGGAGUUAUCCUUUAUGCGGAACUACGUGAUCAGGGGCAAGAACUCUUAUUAGAAUCAGACUCAAAGUCAACAAUGUCCGUGCCAAUUCUUGGACUUUUUCAGACAAAUGAUUAUAAAAGUAUUAAAGAAAUGCAUAAUGAAAAUCUCAGCAAUAAUGAAGUACCAACGAACGAAAAUUCAGAAAAAAAUAUUAUGAAAGAUCAAGCAAAUAUUAUACCCGGUAGAAUUGUAGUAUAUGGAGAUUCGAAUUGUAUUGAUGACAGUCAUUUACAAAAACCUUGCUUUUGGAUGCUCGAUGCUAUAUUGGAAUACACAACAGCAGGACAUAUCGCAACCGUGUUUACAGACGAAAGUCAAACCAAGGCAAAAAUUCUUGAAAAAUCUAGUAUUUUAGACACCAAUAAAUUACCACAACGUAUGGAAGGAAGUCAUUUAAGACGUCAUAGUAAAGUAUUACUACCAGAAAACAUUAACGUUGGACGUAUUCGGCCGCUACCACCUUGUCCCACUAUUACUCUUGCUACUCCAAAACCUUUAAACGAAUCUGUCCCCAUAAAUCUUUAUAAACCUCAAAAGUUACUGUCUAUCGGAGAUACGGUAGCUGCAGUAAAUCCGGUUUUGCAAGAUGCAAGCCCUUUAUGGCUUAGAAGAAGAGUCGGGGGUGCAAACAUUCCUACAUUGCACUAUCCAGAACGAAAUAUUGUCAUCGAUGAUUUAAAAGAAAAUGAUCAAGAUAACAGUGAAAUAUUAACAAAUAAGUGGAGCUAUAUGGCAGGAAUAAUUAUCAUAGGAAGUAUCUUUCUCUGUUUAUUAAAUCGAUGGAAUUGCUUAAUAUCAAAAAGGCAUUCUCGGAGAAAACGAACAGUCGGUAGAUUACGCAGAGUUAUUCAAACAAUUUCUCUACGCAGAGUGCCUCAAAUGUGAUUGUAUAUUUGAUAAACCUUUAACUAAUUCCUCAAGAUAAUAUUAAAUAUUAAAUUAUAAUUAGGUGGUAAACGGUUAAAAAUAAAACAAACUAUAUUAUGUGCCUUUGAAUACAUAGUAAACAAUAUAAAUUUGGAAAUUAUAUAAAUUAUUUUGAUAAAUUUUGUGUAUUGU